ACCUGCUGGCAAGAAGAUGUAACACAGAGACGUUACAAAACACUGGACUUUCACUUUACAUAAAGCGCUUCUCACGUGUAGUGUGAAAAAUAACAAUUCAAGGAAGAAAAAGGAGCGCUACCGUAUUACUGUGUCACUCAGAAAUGGCACGGGCAAAGAAGGGUCCUUCAGAAGCAUCUGAAUCGAAGCAGAAGUCGAGGAGGCAGAAUGGAGAAACGUCUGGGGCUGCAGGACAAACCAUCUCCACGAAGCUUCGGCAGAAGAAGGACGGGACGAACACAUUGAAAACAGGGCCUGUUUUCCCAACCACCAUGAUCAGGACUUCAGUUGGGAAGAGAAGUGGACCAGGAAGCAUCCUGCACUACAUUUACCAGAGUACACUGGGGCAGAGCCUUCAUUCUCAGAUGAGACAGUGUCUCCAGGAGCCGUUUGUACGUUCCCUGUCCUCCUAUAAGCUCCACCGUACAGCCAGUCCGUUUGACCGGCGGGUUACCUGUCUGGAGUGGCACCCCUCGCACCCCACCACGCUGGCGGUCGGCUCCAAGGGAGGAGACGUGGUCCUCUGGGACUACAACGUGCUCAACAAGACCAGCUUCAUACAAGGGAAAGGAGCCGGGGAUUUUAUUGGUGGGAUGACGUUUAGCCUGACGGACCCGUCCAAGGUCUACCUGGCGUCUGGCGACGGUACGCUGACCGAGCAGAGCUUUCAGGGCGGUCCAGGAACGGUUCUGUCCAGAGUCCAGGACUGUGGACACGAUCACCACAAUGUCUGUCUGUGGUACUGCUGUGUAGAUGUGUCGUUGAGCAGACAGAUGUUGGUGACAGGAGACAACAUUGGACGAGUCUUAUUGCUGGGCAUGGAUGGACACCAGGUCUUCAACGGGAAGCUGCACAAAGCAAAAGUGACCCAUGCUGAAUUCAACCCUCGCUGCGAUUGGUUAAUGGCGACAGCGUCCGUUGACCACACGGUGAAGCUAUGGGAUCUGAGGAACAUCAAGGACAAGGACACUUACCUCCACGAGAUGGUUCAUGACAAAGCUGUUAACUCAGCCUACUUUAAUCCAGUGGACUGCUCCAAGCUCCUGACCACGGACCAGUAUGACCAGAUCAGGGUGUACUCCUCUUCUGAUUGGUCAACUCCUCAGCAGAUUAUCCAGCACCCACACAGACAGUUUCAGCACCUCACACCAAUCAAGGCCACGUGGCACCCUCUGUACGACCUGAUGGUGGUUGGACGGUACCCUGACGAGAGGGUGUGUCCAGGUGCCCUGAGGACCAUCGAUAUCUAUGAUGCCAACACAGGAGAGCUGGCAUGCCAACUACUGGACCCCAACGCCCCUGGCAUCAUAUCUGUCAACAAGUUCAAUCCAAUGGGAGAUGUUUUAGGAUCUGGGAUGGGUGUGAACAUCCUAGUGUGGAACAGAGAGGAGACAUUGGCUGGUAAGCAGCAGAGAGGAGAGCUACAACAGGAAGCAGGAGUCCAGGUUGGCAGAGGUCGAGGCCAGUGGAGGAGAAGAGGGGAGACUCGGAGGGGGGGAGGGACGGGGGGACGGGGGGGAGAGGAUGAGGACGACAUUGGGAAGCUGAAGAAGAAGCUGUCUUCGUCCUUGGGUACCAGAACCAGAACAGCCAGGGACACAGAAGGGUCCAAAUAAAGAGAGAGGUUUAUUGUGUGUUUCCUUUAUUUUGGUAGUUACCCGACAAUGUCAUAGACAAGUAACUACCAAAAUAAAGGAAACACCAACAUACAGUGUUUUAAUAGGGUGUUGGACCACCACCAACCAACCAGAACAGAUUCAAUGCUCCUUGGUAUAGAUUCUACAAGUGUCUGGAACUCUAUUGGAGGGACGCGACACCAUUCUUCCACCAGAAAUUACAUCAUUUGGUGUUUUGUUGAUGGUGGUGGAAAAACACUGUCUCAGGCGGCGCUCCAGAAUCUCCCAAGAGUGUUCAAUUGGGUUGACUGAUACACAUCCUCUAUGUUCCUUUGAAAGCCCUCUUUCAGUCAGAGAUCUGGUGACUGAUACAUCCUCUAUGUUCCUAUGAGAGCCCUCUUUCAGUCAGAGAUCUGGUGACUGAUACACAUCCUCUAUGUUCCUUUGAGAGCCCUCUUUCAGUCAGAGAUCUGGUGACUGAUACAUCCUCUAUGUUCCUAUGAGAGCCCUCUUUCAGUCACUUCUUCUAGCCAUAAUGGGCAACUGGGCAUAUUUUUUUUUACCUGACCCUAAGCAUGAUGGGAUGUUAAUUUCUUAAUUACCUCAGGAACCACACCUGUGUGGAAGCACCUACUUUGUAUCAUUUACUCAAGUGUUUAUUUUAUUUAGUCAGUUUCCUGUCUGCAUUUGUAAUCUGUCACCUUUGUCUUGUUCAAAUCAUGUGUUUUAUUGAAAAUGUUCCCUUUGUUAUAAACAGGGACAAUCGUGACUUUGACUCCACACAACAUCCACAGAUGUUUCAAAUAUGUCUGACAUAUCUUGUGUUUCAGAUGUUUUAUAUACCUCUGUUUCUGGUGAUACAUUGUUACGUUUUAUAAACAGUUCAUACUUUAUUAAAAAAGUGCAUUUUGAUCUUGAA